ACAACGAAAGUUUGUUUUUUUUAGGUUUUAUUUUUUUUCUUGGAAUUUUUUUAUCAGGUUCGAUUUCUGAUUUUUUGGGCCAGAAAUCAAAAAAUUGAAUAAUGUCAGAUUCAAAAUCGAAUAAAACAAAUACUAAUACUCGAUUUCGUCCCGAUUCGACAGCUUUUUUCCGGGCCGCUAAUUUCGAAUUAUUUGUAAAACCGAAUAAAUAUGUGAUGAGCAUUGGUGUCAUAUCAUUUUCACUAUGCAUAUUCUAUUUUUAUCAAUGGAAUCGUCAGGUACGACAACAAUCAAAAACAGCUUCAACAUAUGUGGCCGUUAAUGAAGAUAACACCGAAACGAUUCGUUCAAGAAAAUCUCGAUGGGACUAAUAGGAUUUUUUAACCUGUUGUGGUAGAAUGGA